AUGGAUUUUCUUUUUUUUAUUUUAUUAGGACCGACUAUUGCUGAUGAUCAAACCAGUGACUUAGAAGAAUAUCAAGUAAUGACGGAAGCUUUAGGAAACGGUUCAUUUGCUGUCACUUCGAAUCCUAAGUUAUUCAAAUUAAGUUUAUGGGGAGCCUUUUUUCAUGAAGGUACAUCCACAGCUUGGGACUUAUUUAGAUGUUGCAAAACUUGCGAAAGCUGGAACGAGGUAGCACAAAGCACCGAAUGUGACCAGGCUGCAAGAUCAGCAAUUAGAACAGUUGUUCUUGGUGGACUUUUAGCCGCUGGUUCAGCAAAUGGUGUCUUCCGAAACAAAAGAGAGCUUAGUUCUCAUCAUGCUCAUUGGACUAAUAGCAUGGUUAAUGGUGUUAAAAGUGGUCUCUAUCCAAGUCUUGAUUACCAUAGUCAUUAUACUGAUAGCAUGGAAAAGCUCAGUUACGUUAUUUUAGGAACAGAAAAAGGCGAACCAAUUAUGAACGUUACUUUAUCAUCAGAAAGUUAUGGUAACGGUGUGGUCACUGCUAAAGCUGCUUUAACCAACAGCACUUUAUCUAAAAGGGAGGCUAAUUUAUUCCCUCUAUGUUAUGGACAAGUUAGUGUUGAUUAUUGCAGAAAUGAAAACUAUCUUUUGAGUACAUCUUCUUCUGGUGUUUAUGAUGCUGCAACAGUAAUUUCAAAUCAUGCAGCACCAAAUGGAGUUAAUGAUUCGGGCUAUGAUGAUUAUUUAUUCGACUAUUAUAAAACAUAUGUAUGUGAUGAAGCAAACAAAAAUUGUGAUUGGUAUGGAUCUUUUAGAUUGUGGUAUGCCGAUAAUACAAACAUCUAUGAAUGGUCAAAAUGUGAUAAUGGUUUAUAG